AUGCUGCUUAAGCAACCGGCAAACCUUUAUAUUGGACACCGUCGCAGCCUCAGCACGAGUCUGCCCGCCGCCCAAUCUUUUCGGAAAUGGUACCAGAAACUGUGGACAACGGAGCGCACCAAUCUGCCGCCCUACAACCACUUUACACAAAUCGGAGAUCCUGUGCUCCGGCAACAGGCGGCUGCAGUGCCUCUGGAGCUCAUUGAGAGUCCCGAAAUCGAAGCCAUUGUUGAGCAAAUGGUCAGGGUACUCAGGAAGUACAACUGUGUGGGCAUAGCUGCGCCACAGAUUGGCGUUUCCCUCAGAAUCAUAGCCAUGGAGUUCAAAAAGAGCCUGCAGAAGGAGAUGCCAGAGUUUCUGUACCAGACGCGACAAAUGUCUGAGCUUCCACUGACCGUCUUGAUCAAUCCCGUACUGACAGUGACAAAUUAUGCAAAGCUGAAACAUCCCGAGGGCUGCAUGAGUGUCCGUGGCUUCUCCGCCGAAGUGGAGCGUUUCGAGGGCGUAAAACUGAGCGGCCUGGACAAGAAUAGCAAGCAGAAAGACCUCGAAUUGAGUGGCUGGAACGCACGCAUUGCCCAGCAUGAAAUGGAUCACUUGGACGGCAAGCUGUACACCGAUCAAAUGGAUCGUUCGACCUUCUCCUGCACCUGCUGGGAGGCCGUGAAUACCAAGUCUGGACGUGUGGAGAUACCCUUUUACAAAUAGUUUAUGAAAUUAUUGCUUUAAUUAACUGAAAUAUUGUUAUUGUUUGGAGAAAACACCAUCACCAUCACCGUGCGAUGGCGUUAACAU